AUGACGUUGUACUAUGAAAGAAACUAUGCACUACAAACUCUCACCAACUACAUCCAUAUCUCCGUCAGAAACUAUGCACUACAAACUUUCACCAACUACAAGCCUAUCUACGUCAGAAACUAUGCACUACAAACUCUCACCAACUACAACCCUACCUACGUCAGAAACUAUGCACUACAAACUCUCAACAACUACAAGCCUACCUCCUUCAGAAAUUAUGCACUACAAACUCUCACCAACUACAAGCCUAUCUACGUCAGAAACUAUGCACUACAAACUCUCAACAACUACAAGCCUAUCUACGUCAGAAACUAUGCACUACAAACUCUCACCAACUACAAGCCUACCUCCGUCAGAAAUUAUGCACUACAAACUCUCACCAACUACAAGCCUAUCUACGUCAGAAACUAUACACUACAAACUCUCACCAACUACAAGCCUACCUCCGUCAGAAAUUAUGCACUACAAACUCUCACCAACUACAACCCUAUCUACGUCAGAAACUAUACACUACAAACUCUCACCAACUACAAGCCUAUCUACGUCAGAAACUAUGCACUACAAACUCUCACCAACUACAAGCCUAUCUACGUCAGAAACUAUGCACUACAAACUCUCACCAACUACAAGCCUAUCUACGUCAGAAACUAUCCACUACAAACUCUCACCAACUACAAGCCUACUUUUGUCAGAAAUUAUGCACUACAACCUCUACCAACUACAAGCCUAUCUACGUCAGAAACUAUGCACUACAAACUCUCACCAACUACAAGCCUAUCUACGUCAGAAACUAUGCACUACAAACUCUCACCAACUACAAGCCUAUCUACCCCAAAUGUUCCUAGCCCAAAUGUUGCUAGUCCAAAUGUUCCUAGUCCAAAUAUUCCUAGCCCAAAUGUUCCUAGCCCAAAUGUUGCUAGUCCAAAUGUUCCUAGUCCAAAUAUUCCUAGCCCAAAUGUUCCUAGCCCAAAUGUUGCUAGUCCAAAUGUUCCUAGCCCAAAUGUUCCUAGCCCAAAUGUUCCUUGCCCAAAUGUUGCUAGUCCAAAUGUUCCUAGUCCAAAUAUUCCUAGCCCAAAUGUUCCUAGCCCAAAUGUUGCUAGUCCAAAUGUUCCUAGUCCAAAUAUUCCUAGCCCAAAUGUUCCUAGCCCAAAUGUUGCUAGUCCAAAUGUUCCUAGUCCAAAUAUUCCUAGCCCAAAUGUUCCUAGCCCAAAUGUUGCUAGUCCAAAUGUUCCUAGCCCAAAUGUUCCUAGCCCAAAUGUUCCUUGCCCAAAUGUUGCUAGUCCAAAUGUUCCUAGUCCAAAUAUUCCUAGCCCAAAUGUUCCUAGCCCAAAUGUUGCUAGUCCAAAUGUUCCUAGUCCAAAUAUUCCUAGCCCAAAUGUUCCUAGCCCAAAUGUUGCUAGUCCAAAUGUUCCUAGUCCAAAUGUUCCUAGUCCAAAUGUUCCUAGCCCAAAUGUUGCUAGUCCAAAUGUUCCUAGUCCAAAUGUUCCUAGUCCAAAUGUUCCUAGUCCAAAUAUUCCUAGCCCAAAUGUUCCUAGCCCAAAUGUUCCUAGUCCAAAUGUUCCUAGUCCAAAUGUUCCUAGCCCAAAUGUUCCUAGUCCAAAUGUUCCUAGCCCAAAUGUUCCUAGUCCAAAUGUUCCUAGUCCAAAUGUUCCUAGCCCAAAUGUUCCUAGUCCAAAUGUUCCUAGUCCAAACGUUACUGUUCCAAAUGUUCCUGUUCCAAAUGUUCUGACGGAGGGGCACAAUGGCGGGCUCGAGUCCGGGAGCCUCACGACGACAGUCCAGAGCGCAUACUACUACAAGAUGUACCAAAGAAACAUAACCAUAAGUGGGGAAAAGAGGGAGGCGGGGAGAUAUAAGAAUUUACGGGCCAAAAGUAGAUGUUUGUGA